CGGGCCCGGCCGGCCCGCGGGCCGCGCCGCGCGUCAGUCGCCGCUCGAGCCAGCAUGGAGCAUCUCAUCGCCGCCGUGCGCAACUACCCCUGCCUGUGGAACACCACGGCCAUAGAAUAUCGCGACCAAGAGCUCAAGGACGCUGCCUGGACCGAGGUCAUGAAAGAAACUAGUCUAUCAUCAGUAAAAGAAGUAAAACUAAAAUGGAAAAAACUUCGCGACUCUUACCGAGAUGCGCUCAAACGGCAAUCCGAAAUGAUGUCCCGCGAGCCCUCGGCGCGCAAGAACUACCCCUGGAAGUACAUGCAGCACAUGACCUUCCUCCAGCCACACAUGUCAGCGAGAAAGAAGCCCGAGGAGCCUCCCCCACCGGCGCAGAACGGGCACGAGGACCAUGAGGAGCAGGAGGAGCAGAACGGGCAGACGGGCUCCAGUGAGGAGUCGGAGACAGACGACGAGGAGCCGAAGAGGAAGUCGCAGCUGACGGUUAUCGACAGGAAGCUGGAUUAUUUGUGUAAGGCGUCAGGCAAGCGGCGCUCUGGAUCUUGGAGACGGCGAGCGUCGCCCGCGCAACCAGCACCGGAUCCCAUCGACAUCUUCUUCAACAGCAUGUGCCAGUCCACCAAGCGGUUUCCGUAUCCUGCGCAAAUCAAGAUAAAACGGGUGCUGUUUGAUGCAGUGCUGGCUGCUGAGGAGGCGCUGUUGGCCGAGCAGCAGAACUACGCCAGCCUGUGGGCCCGCGCGGCCUCGUCGUCCAGCAGCGAGGCCGAGUCGAAGCCCGACCCCUCCUGAGCGCAGCAGCGUCAGUACCGCCGCUACCAGCGGUACUGCAGGUACCAGUACGCUUAUGCGUACGGAGUGAAGACUGAACCAUAGCGAGU